GUAGCCACAUUUUUGGCAGUUUGAUUUGCUACUAAAGGGUUAAAGGGCAAUAGGUCUCAUUGAACUUUACUUGGCCUUAAAAUCUAUCGCCAUCUUUGGUGCCCUUCUGCCCUAUUAAUCCAGACAAGGGUAAAUUUAUUUUCUUUAAUAUCUGGCAAGGCGUGUUUAAAUAUUGACAUUUGUCUGUAAGUUCAAUCAUCUUAAGCAAAGUUCCUACACAAUGCGGAUGGGGACGAAGUGAUUGAUUCAUGUUUAGAGGUUUCCAUAGCAUUUUCAAAACUGUUGUUUCUUCGCCUAGAAUCAAUGUCACAAAAGUUAAUAACCGAAGAGCAAACACUUUUAAAGUUUAGUGAACCAUUUAUAGUGAAAAAUGAGAAUGAGGAAAAACAGAAUAAAUGCCAGGAUUUGGCUGAAAUGGAGGGCACGGAUAUUUUAGAACCAAAAUCUAAGUGUUUCCUCAAGUCAAAAAUGUUUAGCGACAAAGAAUUCAAGUUCCCUCCGUUUUGGAAGAAAAAGAAAGUGUCUAGCUUAGUCACGGAUAUCUCUUCAGAAACUAGACCGAUUUUAGAUGUAAUCGCAUAUCCAAGGGAAUGGAAGGAAGGGGAUCUGACAUGGAGGCAAGAGGUGUCAAUGGAUCAAUUCACAAGAAGCGAGGUACUGAAACUACACGAAAAUUUGGACUUGCGUUUGAAAGAAAGAUGUGCAAGAGGCAAAGGAAUCUGUGCUGUUAGAAUGGAAUUAUUUGCUCAAGUGUUCGACGAACUUAUACGACAAGUAACUUUGAACUGUUUAGAACGGGGGAUGCUACUGUUAAGAAUUAGAGACGAAUAUAACUUAACGCUAUCUGUACACCAAGCUUUAUGUGAAGGGAGUACUUCAUUUGGAGCUAGGAAGGCAAAUUUGGCGGAAGAAGAUAAGAACAAAAACCACAAUGAAAUUGAAAAGGUGAAAGCUGAAAUAGCGGCCAUAAAUAAAAAUAUUCUAGAUAUGGACUCCAAGUUUUUAAUGCUUGAAAGAAGGGCAGAGGAAUUAAGAGCUACACAAGAAAAAAAUCACAUCAAUGAAAUUAAUUUUCUUAAGAAAACAAAUCAACAGCUCAAGGCACAACUUGAAUCUAUUGCAGCACCAAAAAAGUAAGAUGGAUUAAUAUUCUAUCUUCAUGCUUACUAUUUGUAAUGAAGUAUCCUUUUUUAACUAUACUUACUUUUGUAAUAAGAAACUUUGAUAAUAUUUAAGUUUACACUAAGUUUAAAAAAAAUUGAUUCCUCCUUUCUCCAUUACAAUUAUUUAGUAAUUAGUGUGAUUAUUUUGUUAUAAUUAAUAGUCUACUUUGUAACAGGAAUUGAAAAUUAUAAAAUUG